GCUCCGAUCAUCGUUGUAUAGCUGAUAAUUUGUGUGCCGCCUAGUGCCUGAGAGGUGUGUCUGUUUUUAGCAAAAUGGCUCUUCUGCGACUUGUUGCUACCGAGUGCCGCAAUGUACUGCAGCGCGGCUACAGCACCGCCUCCGUGCCGACCACGAAGAUGUUCAUCGAUGGCAAGUUCGUCGAGUCCAAGACGAACGAUUGGAUCGAUCUGCACGAUCCGGCCACGAACGAGGUGGUAACGCGCGUCCCCAAGUGCACUCAGGACGAAAUGCAAACUGCGGUGGAAUCGUCCAAGAAGGCAUUCAAGACCUGGCGCCAGUCGUCGAUCCUAAGCAGACAGCAGGUCAUGUUCAAGCUGCAGCACAUUAUCCGCAACAACAUGUCGGAGCUGGCGAAAAACAUCACCAAGGAGCAGGGCAAAACGCUGAUCGAUGCCGAGGGAGACGUUCUUCGUGGACUGCAGGUCGUCGAGCACUGCUGCAGCAUUACGUCCCUGCAGAUGGGUGAAACCGUGCCCAACAUUGCGAAGGACAUGGACACGUACUCGUACACCCUGCCGCUCGGUGUGACGGCCGGCAUUGCACCGUUUAACUUCCCGGCCAUGAUUCCGCUAUGGAUGUUCCCGGUGGCGAUCACGUGCGGCAAUACGAGCAUCAUCAAACCCUCGGAACGUGUGCCUGGCGCAACGAUGCUAUUGAUGGAGAUGCUCAACGAAGCGGGCUGUCCGCCCGGUGUCGUGAACGUGAUCCACGGUGCACACGAUGCGGUCAACUUUAUCUGUGACAAUCCGGACAUAAGGGCCGUUUCGUUUGUCGGAUCAGAUCAGGCUGGCAAGUACAUUUACGAGCGUGCGGGCCGCAAUGGCAAGCGCGUGCAGGCGAACAUGGGUGCGAAGAACCACGGUGUCAUUAUGGCGGACGCUAACAAGGAAAACACACUCAAUCAGCUGGCUGGUGCCGCAUUCGGUGCUGCCGGACAGCGCUGUAUGGCCCUCUCGACCGCGGUGUUUGUGGGUGAGGCACGAAACUGGAUUCCCGAUCUGGUGGAGCGUGCACGCAAACUGAAGGUUAAUGCUGGUCACGUACCCGGAACGGAUCUUGGACCGGUUAUCUCGCCACAGUCGAAGCAGCGCAUCCACGAGCUGGUCGAGUCAGGCGUAAAGGAGGGCGCCAAAAUCGUGCUCGACGGGCGGGACAUUAAGGUGGAUAAGUUUGAGAAGGGUAACUUUGUCGGACCGACCAUCAUUAGCGAGGUGAAGCCUAGCAUGAAGUGCUACACGGAGGAAAUCUUCGGUCCGGUGCUGGUUUGUCUGUCGGUUGACACGAUCGAUGAAGCGAUCGAGCUGAUCAACAGCAACCCGUACGGUAAUGGAACGGCCAUCUUUACCACGAACGGUGCCACGGCCCGUAAGUUUGUCAAUGAGAUCGAUGUGGGACAGGUCGGUGUGAACGUACCGAUUCCGGUGCCGCUACCGAUGUUCUCCUUCACGGGCAGCCGAGGCAGCUUCCUGGGCGAUUGCCAUUUCUACGGCAAGCAGGGCAUCAAGUUCUACACGCAGACGAAAACGGUCACGCAGCUGUGGCGUGAGGGCGAUGUGAGCCACACCAAGGCAGCCGUUGCUAUGCCAACGAUGAAGUAAGCAUAACACACGUGCGUGUACGUGUGAGUGUGUG